CGAGCUAAGUCGGUGCCAAGUGCCUGGAGCCUGCCUCCAAGAAGGACCCACGUGGCCCACUCCACCACUACAAUGACUGUGUCUGUGGCUCAUACCAAGAAGCUCAUGAAGCUUGGUCUAUCUCUUUUCCGCAGAGGCUUCAGCUCCUCCGAAUGCAAAACGGCAGCGAAGAUGGCCGUUGCUAGGAUUAAAUUGUUGAGGAACAAGAGAGAGGCCCUGGUUAAACAAAUGAGACGUGACAUUGCUUUGCUUCUUCAGUCUAAACAAGAUGCCACUGCUCGAAUCAGGGUUGAACAUGUGAUACGAGAACAAAAUGUUUUGGCUGCAAAUGAGUUCAUUGAGCUCUUCUGUGAGUUAAUUGUGGCCAGACUAACCAUCAUUGCCAAGCAAAGGGAGUGCCCUGCCGACCUAAAAGAAGGGAUCGCCAGUGUGAUAUUUGCCUCCCCUAGGUGCUCAGAAAUUCCUGAACUAGUAGCAAUGAGGAAGAUUUUUGAGAAAAAAUAUGGGAAAGAUUUUGUAUCUGCAGCUACUGAUCUGCGGCCUAAUUCUGGUGUUAAUCGAAUGUUGAUUGAGAAACUCUCUGUCAGAACCCCUCCUGGAGAAGUGAAGUUAAAAGUGAUGAAAGAAAUAGCGAAAGAGUAUCAGAUAGGCUGGGAUACAGCAGAAUCAGAAAUGGAGCUUCUCAAGCCUCCAGAAGAGCGGAUAGUACCAGAUGUAUUUGUUAGACCUACAAGCUUACCUGUGAAUCAUAUGCCACCAGUUCAGCCUGUCGAACCUAAUAAGCCAGCUACCAGAUCAGCAAGUAAUGGAGGUAGCAGCAUGCAUUUUGAAGACACAACAUCAGCUGCUGAAGCAGCUGCACAAUCAGCAAAGCUAGCAAUUGCCGCUGCAGAAGCUGCUGCCUAUCUUGCAAGCAAAGGCUCCAAGCAAUUCACUCAAUCAUGUAAUUUUGAUGAAAUUCCAAAAGCUUCAAGCAACAAACCUGGAUCUGCAACCCUCUCUGGAAAUUCAGCCAGCCUAUUCAUGUCAAACAAUCCCCCAGUGAGCGCUGAAGAUCAUCAACCAGGUAAAAUGUUUGAAUCACAGAGAUUUGAUAGGUCUCAUUAUCUUGACCAAGAAGAGAGGAGGCCUGCUCAUACUGAAGGUGGAAACAUCUAUAGGAGGCACAGCUUCAAUGCCCCUUCUGCACAUUCAGAUAUACAGUUUGAUGAAUCUGAUUGUGAUGAGGAAAUCGAAAUGGAAGAGCCUCCUGCUGGCAUUUAUCAACCACCUGAUCGACCUCCACCACCAGUGCCUUCAGUUCUUGACAAACAGGAUUCAGUACAUCGUGUUCAUCCUAAAUUGCCAGAUUAUGAUGAUCUUGCUGCACGCUUUGAAUCUCUCAAGUACCGUAAAUCAUAAGCCUGUAUCUAUCUUCUUCCUUCCUUUACUGAUUUUGAUUUGUUACUUUAAGCUUCAGCAUGAGACCUAUUAUAUUAAUGAGAUAGCAUUCUAGACUCAUCCUCAUCUUGGUAUGUAAUGCAACUAGUUUACUGAGCCUGACUCAUCCACAAACUUCUGUAAAUCAGUGCUUUCACAGGUCCUCUUCCUCUUGUUUCAUAGGAACCAGUAAAGGCCAGAUCUGAAAUUGAGU